AUGCUAGUCUUACAGAAGGGAGACAGGACUGGGGAGUGCUAUCGCAGAGGGUUCUGUUACAACUUACCUUCAAGAAUCGCCUUCAAAGCUGCAGAUGUUCAACGAGUUCAGACUUCAAAACUCCUUCAGGUUCAACGAUUCUUUCCUAUUGUUUUACGAUGGGUGGAUAAUUUGCAGAAAUCGCAGAAUGGGAAGGCUCCAAUUGCUGAACCCGUUUCUUGCAGGACCUUCAGAUGGUUAACAGACGAGGAGCAGAAAUUGAAAGCGAAUGAUCUACCAAAAAUUCAGUUCAUGAUCAUCGAGAUGUCACCCGUUACUGACAUCGACAUCAGUGGCAUCCAUGCCUUAAAAGAGUUAUACAGUUGUCUCCAAAAGAGAAGUGUUCAACUUGUCAUAGCAAAUCGUGGGCCAAUUGUGGUAUACAAGCUUCAUGCAUCAAAGUUUACAGAGUUGAUAGGCGACGACCGUAUCUUCCUUAUAGUCGUAGACGCCAUGAUGACAUGCGCUCCUAAGAUGGUAGAAGAAGCGUGAUGGGAAGAUUUUGACCAGUGAUACCUACAUCGCCUUCACUCUUGAGUUUGGCUAUAAUAUAGAAAGUGUUUAUAUAUGUGAAAUAAGUGAGGAAGAGACGGAUGGUGUUGG